UCGGUCUCCUAGCGCGGCUGGCUAGGUGCUCCAGAGUUCCGCGCUUUCGGCGGAGUUGGGUGCGUCCGGCAGUUGAGCUGCACGCGGAGGGGCUUCCCUCACCUCCUUGCACCUCCGGUCCUGCUCCAGAGUCUCAGAUAUGGGCCUUCUUCAGUUCCUGGUGUCCUCCUUUGUCCUACUGUUGUCUGGCACAGAAGUCACAGGCACCCUAAAGAGCACCCUGGACCCGAGCCUCAAGAUUUACAAGAAGAUGUUUGAGGUGAAGCGGCGGGAGCAGUUGUUGGCACUGAAGAACUUGGCACAACUGAAGGACAUCCACCAGCAGUACAAGAUCCUGGACGUCAUGCUUAAGGGACUCUUUAAGGUGCUGGAGGACUCCCGGACAGUGCUCACUGCUGCAGAUGUGCUCCCAGACGGGCCCUUCCCCCAGGAUGAGAAGCUGAAAGAUGCUUUCUCCCACGUGGUGGAGAACACAGCCUUCUUUGGUGAUGUGGUGCUGCGCUUCCCGAAGAUCGUGCACCACUACUUUGACCAUAAUUCCAACUGGAACCUCCUCAUCCGCUGGGGCAUCAGCUUCUGCAAUCAGACAGGUGUCUUUGACCAGGGGCCCCACUCACCCAUCCUCAACCUGAUGGCCCAGGAGCUGGGGAUCAGUGAGAAAGACUCUGACUUCCAGAACCCGUUUAAAAUAGACCGGACAGAGUUCAUUCCUAGCACUGACCCUUUCCAGAAGGCCUUGAGGGAAGAAGAAAAACGCCGGAAGAAGGAGGAGAAGCGGAAAGAGAUCCGAAAAGGCCCAAGAAUCUCAAGAUCUCAGUCUGAAUUGUAGCCCUGGAGCAGUUUGGGACCUAAGGGAUCAUCAAGAGGCCAGUCAGAAGAGGCGCUGCCGUGUGGCUGUGGUAUAGCAGCAUCAAGCACCAUGGUGAGCACCAGCCACUUCCGGAUGGGGACCCUCUGUUUGCUGAGUCCUCAGGAGCUGGGUCUGAGCCUUGGCCAAAAAGACUGAGCCUCUGGGAUCUUAGGGCACACCAAGGGGGCCUUGAGAGGACACUGUUCUGUAGACAGGACCUUGCAGAGAAGCUGUUGGGGGAGGCUGGCUGAGGGACUCCUGGUCUGGAUCCUCUUGGUGAGAGUUGCAGGCCAGCCGCUGGCCUUUGUGAGGAGUGGUAGAAUCUGGCUCUGAAUUACAGGUGAAGGUGUCAUGCUUGUAGCUGGCCUCACUGUAUUCCUGGGCUGCCUAUCACCAUUCCAGCUCUCUGCAGAGCAACACUUUAAAAGCCAGCAAAUUCACUGGCCUCACCAAGGCUGACGAGGAGGCUGUAAGGACACCAGGAGCUUCUAGCAUGGCAGGACCAGCCUGGAGUAUGUUUCUGCCUCAUCAGGAGGGAGCCCCAGGCCUUCGCAUUGCAGAGAAACAAGAACAAGAAACAAGAGGUUUAGGCCUCUCAUUCACUCACUGCUGCCCUUCAUAAGGGAUCAGUUUGGAGGGGACCCAGAAGUGUCCUGGGAGGGUGUUUAUUUCAAGGAGACCUUAAAAGAACAUGAUCUCUAUUCUCAGAUAACUGGGGACAGUCACUGAGCUGGUUCAGGGGACAAUCAACUUGUUCUCUCUACUGCUAAAGCUAGAGCCUGUGUGUGGGGAGGUGUUGUAGGGGACAGGUUACAGGAGGCUGGCUUGGUAAUGGGACUACUGUAAACUGCGCUGACCGGACGGUGAGCUUCUCAGUUCAGGGUUCAAGCAGAGUCUCAUGGCCACAGGGCAGGGAGCUGUGGAAACAGUUAGGCCCUCAGAGGGCAGCCUGGUUUCUAUGAAUUCCAAAGCAGGUGGCUGCCUUGGCUCUAUUGAAAUUACAGUGCUACCUCUUUGAUCUUGCCAAGCCAAAAUGUAUCCCUGAAAGGCAUGGAGACACCCACCUUUCCUGUGUCAUCCCCAGCCAUACCCUGCCUUCAGGAACACUCUUCCUCUUGCUGCUGACAGUGGUGGCGAGGCCUGAGCCUUAGCCUGACUGACCUUGGCCUACUCUCUUCCUUCCCUGUGCUGUGCCUUCAUUGGUAAAAUAAAUUGGAUGAUGUCUGAA